UGUUUGUUUAAAUUUCUGGGUUUGUUUGAUGGGAGUUUCAGGGUUUAUGAGGAGGUUUACCUGCCUGUUCAAAACCAAAACAUACCCAUUUGGAUACAUUCAAACCAGAGCUUUGUCGAACUCCAAAACUUUCAGCACCAACGAUGCCGUACUUCCGGUUUUGAUCGUUGGUGCAGGACCCGUUGGUCUUGUUCUCUCUAUGCUUCUCACUAAAUUAGGGAUAAAAUGCUCGGUUUUGGAGAAAAACAAAUCGUUCUCUAAGCAUCCGCAGGCACAUUUUAUCAAUAAUCGGUCUAUGGAGGUGUUUCGAAAGGUGGAUGGCUUGGCCGAGGAGAUUGAAAAAUCACAACCGCCGGUAGAUUUAUGGAGAAAGUUCAUAUAUUGUACAUCACUCACGGGUUCGAUUCUCGGGUCAGUAGAUCACAUGAAACCUCAAGAUUUUGAGAAAGUUGUGAGCCCUGUCUCUGUUGCACACUUUUCACAGUACAAAUUAAUUAGAUUGCUACUUAAGCAGCUGGAAAAUAUCAACUUUAAAGUUUGUACCUCAGAAGCUUCAGAACGGCAUAGUUUUCUCCAGGGAAGGAGAAUAUUAAUGGGGCAUGAGUGUGUAUCCAUCAAUGCAACUGACCACUGUAUAGAUGUGACUGCUUCAUUUCUAGAGGAAGGAAAACUUAAGCAGAGAAAUAUUAAGUGUAAUAUCCUUGUCGGCACAGAUGGUGCAGGAAGUACUAUAAGGAAGCUUAUAGGAAUAGAUCUAAAAGGCAAAAAAGAUUUGCAAAAGCUUGUCAGUGUUCAUUUUUUGAGUAAAGACCUUGGAGAGUACCUGCUCAAUGAGCGACCUGGAAUGCUAUUUUUCAUUUUCAACACUGAAGCUAUUGGAGUCCUUGUAGCUCAUGAUCUGAAGCAAGGAGAAUUUGUCUUGCAGAUACCUUUCUAUCCACCUCAGCAAAAUCUUGAAGAUUUCAGCCCUGAGAUAUGCAAGCAGUUGAUAUUCAAGUUGGCUGGUCAAGAGCUUUCAGAUGUCAAUGUGAUCGAUGUAAAGCCAUGGGUGAUGCAUGCUGAAGUUGCUCAGAAGUUUGUGUGCUGUGACAAUCGAAUAAUACUUGCUGGUGAUGCUGCUCAUCGGUUCCCUCCUGCUGGUGGUUUUGGAAUGAAUACUGGCAUUCAGGAUGCUCAUAAUCUUGCCUGGAAAGUAGCUUCUGUACUACAGGGUAUUUCACCACUUUCAUUACUUCAUACUUAUGAAACAGAACGUAAGCCGAUUGCCAACUUCAAUACUGCACUUAGUGUCGAGAAUUUCAAAGCAGCCAUGGCAGUUCCUUCUGCCCUUGGUCUUGAUCCAACAAUUGCAAACUCUGUGCAUCAAGUAAUUAAUAAAGCGGUUGGUUCUUUUUUACCAUCUGUACUACAGAGGGCAAUGCUGGAUGGAAUCUUUAAGGUAGGUCGUGCCCAGCUCUCAGAAUCUCUUCUGAAUGAAAGCAACCCACUUGGAUCUUCAAGGCUAGCUAAGUUAAGGCAUAUAUUUGAAGAAGGAAAGAGCCUUCAACUUCAGUUUCCUGCCGAGGAUCUUGGUUUCAGGUACUUUGAAGGAGCUCUUGUUCCUGACACUGAACCUCUGGUGACUGCUCCAGAAGCACCUACUGGUCGUCGGAGGGACUACAUUCCUUCUGCAGAUCCAGGGUCAAGGCUGCCGCAUAUGAAUGUCAGGGUGUCAACUUCGUCAAGUUGGGAGACAAUAUCUACACUGGAUCUUGUGGCUGGAGAUAAGGUUGAAUUUCUCCUCAUAAUAGCACCAAUAGAGGAGUCCUACCAUCUUGCUCGUGCUGCAUUCAAGGUGGCUGAAGAUUUAAAAGUUUCUACCAGGGUGUGUGUAAUGUGGCCUGCUAACGCUGUGAACAAAGUUGAAGCCAGAAGUAAGGCAGCACUGGCACCUUGGGAGAACUACUUAGAUGUUGUGGAGGUUAAGAGAUCAUCAGAUUCACCAUCAUGGUGGAAUAUCUGUCAGAUGACUGACAAAGGGGCCCUCUUAGUGAGACCUGAUGAUCACAUUGCAUGGCGUGCAAAGUUAGGUGUUAAUGGUGACCCCAGUUUGGCGAUGGAGAAGGCUUUUUCUGCUGCAUUAGGGUUAAGGCCAGUCAAUGUAGAAGAGACCACACUUUGAUUCU